CAAAAAUGACACUUCAGUGUGCUUAAAAAAAACACACCAGCAACUAAAACCUGUCGGCUUUGUCCGGGAGUAAAAUACUAUUCUCAAUUUUCUGAGUCGUUGUUGUUAUCGUAACUUAGUCCUUAAUCCGGCGGAGCUGUGGACGACUCCUUUAGUGCACAGUUCUGAGGACUGGGGUUCAUCUCACCUUCCUCGCCAGUGUAGAGUUUACAUGUUCUCUUUGUUCCCGUGUGGGUUUUCUCCUAAAACUAGGUUUAACACGAUCAGAAUUUUUGGUGGCGAUCAGCGAGUUAAAAAAAAACGAGCCGAUUAUAAAAUGAGGCAAUGACAAUAUUUGAAAUUAUAUGUUCAUUUAAAACGAGCCGAUUAUAAAAUGAGGCAAUGACAAUAUUUGAAAUUAUAUGUUCAUUUACUACAUAUACUUGUGGAUGUAAUUGCUUAAAAUAUAUACUUACCUUGGCCUCAUAGUUUUGAGGUCUCGCCUGUGUGGAGUUUGCAUGUUCUCCCCUUGCCUGCGUGGGUUUUCUCCGGGCACGUCAGUUUCCUCGUACAUCCCAAAAACAUGCAACAUUAUGUUGACACCCUAAACUGCUCUUAGGUGUAAUUGUGAUCAUGAUUGUUCUCUGUCUCCACAAUCUCUGCGAUUGCCUGGCAACCAGUUCAGGGUUGGUUCGGCUCCGGCACCCCAUGACCCUCGUGAGGAUAAAUUGCUCAGAAACUGCAUAGAGAUAGAUGGAUGUUUUCAGGCUGCGCAGAAAGUGUUAUGAAAAUGUGUGCAAGAACAACAGGAGAGUACAAGGAAAAAGUUCGUGGAGCAAAAAAGGAGGAGGAGCCACAACGUCAACUACUGGACGCUGUGUUCCAUAUGCAGCCUCGGAUUGUUCUACGCAGAGCAGGAUAAAGUGGUUGAAUCAUACUACGCAUGUAAUUCAGGAUGUCAGUGAGUAUCUUCAUCCAGAGCGGCAACAGCCAGUGUCCGGUCACAUCAAAGAGGAGGAUGAAGAGGUUCAGUGUAUCAAAGAGGAGGAGGAAGAAGUCAUACACAUGAAAGAGGAAGAGCAGGAGGAAAUCAUCCAGGUUCCAGCCACUGGUGUCCUUUUGAAGAGUGAAGAUGGUCAAAGUGAGGAGAGACGAGGGGCAGAGCCUCCAGAAUCAGAAUCAGGUUUACUGGCCAAUUGUGUAAAAAGACACAGGGAAUUUUUCUCCGGCAAUCGGUGCAGCCCUGGUAUGACAUUCAGGCCAACCAGGAACAGCUCAAGUGAUGGAGACCACUGUGGAGGGUCACAAACAGACGAUAAUGAUGAUGAACAAUCGGAUGGUGAUAUGACAUGUCACACUACCAACAAAUGCUGGAAAUGUUCUUGGUGUAGGAUAACUUUUGCUUCUAUCAAAAAUUUCAAACAACAUGUGAAAAUACACACAGAUGAGAAGCCUUUUUCCUGCUCAGUGUGUGGCAAAAGAUUUUCUUUGAAGGCAAAUUUUAAAAUACACACAAGAACACACACUGGUGAGAAACCUUUUUCAUGUCCAGUUUGUGAUAAAAGAUUCACUCGGAAGGGAUAUUUAAAAAUACACACAAGAACACACACUGGUGAGAAACCUUUUUCAUGUCCAGUUUGUGAUAAAAGAUUCACUGAGAAGGAAAAAUUAAAGAUACACACAAGAACACAUACUGGUGAGAAACGUUUUUCAUGUCCAGUGUGUGAUAAAAGGUUCACAGAGAAGGGAAAUUUAAAAAGACACACAAGAACACACACUGGUGAAAAACCUUUUUCCUGCUCAGUUUGUGGUCAAAGAUUUAAUCAGAAUGGAAGCUUAAAGUUACACACAAGAACACACACUGGUGAGAAACCGUUUUCCUGUUCAGUUUGUGGUCAAAGAUUCACAUGGAAAAAAGAUUUAAAAAGACACACAAGAACACACACUGGUGAGAAACCGUUUUCCUGCUUAGUUUGUGGUCAAAGAUUCACAUGGAAAAGAGAUUUAAAAAGACACACAAGAACACACCCUGGUGAGAAACGUUUUUCAUGUCCUGUUUGUGAUAAAAGAUUCACUGAGAAGAGAAAAUUAAAAAUACACUCAAGAACACACACUGGUGAGAAACCUUUUUCAUGUCCAGUUUGUCAUAAAAGAUUCACUGAGAAGGGAAAUUUAAAAAGACACACAAGAACACACACUGGUGAGAAACCUUUUUCAUGUCCAGUUUGUGAUAAAAGAUUCACUGAGAAGGGACAUUUAAAAAGACACACAAGAACACACACUGGUGAGAAAUCUUUUUCCUGCUCAGAUGUGGCCAAAGAUUCUCUGUGAAUGAAAGUUUAAAAAGACUUAAGAACACACAAGUAAGAAACUAUUGCUCGCUCACUUAGGUCAAACAUUCUCUUCUAAGUGCAGUAAAAACCAAGAAGUAGCCCCACCACACACAGACACCACCACCUUCCCAUCCACACCCCAGGAAUUUUCAUGUAUGUGUAUCUGGGUACCAGAAUGAGUGAAACAUGUGAAUAGUAUUUAUACUUUACAUAUUGGAGACUAAGAUUACAACAGUAGAUGCUUUUACUCAAAUCUUUGUCAGGUUUAUCACCUGACUUCUGGAAUAAAGUGCACAAAAUCCAACGACAAGAAGAGUCUGUCUCAUGAGGAGAACAUGAGAGACUAGACAGUAACAAUCUCCAACCCCGUUCUGAACCAGCGUCUCGUGUUUUUUUUUUUUUUUUUUUUUAAUUUUAGUUGUUUUCCAAUUGUUUCAAAAUGUAUUUUUCAUUUUCAUGAGCAUGCAUGCAUUUGGCCCAAUGUUUUAGUGAUGUCAAUGUCAAAUAAGUGAAGCAUUGAUUCAAGCACUGGAAAGGAUGAAUUUUGGUGGUAAAAUGGGUUUGUGAUCCUGAAUAAAAUACAGUAAGGCAGACUCCUUCUGCUUGUACAUUAAAUCCAUUUUCCCCAUUAAAAGAAUUAAAAUGUAUUUUUUUUCCAUUGGAAACCCUCCAAAAAUAAAAGGACCGUACUAUCGAGCAAAACAUGGCUCAAGCAACAAGACUGAAGUGAAAAACAAAUUAGGGCACUGAGGAGGAUCACAAGCGGACGGCCUCUUAACUCCACUAUCACAUAUUGAUGACAUUAAGCCGCUCUCCUCACUCUGAUGAUGUGAUUUAAAAGUCAGAAAGUGAUUUGUCACACCGACAACAAUCAAUGUUAAUGUUCUCUGUGGGAAAAUAUUUGCUUGUAAAAGCAAACAACAACAAAAAAAAAAACACUGGAGAGAAACCUUUUCCUGCUUAGUUUGAAAUUCUUGAAGUACUGAGGAUUUGCAUGUGAUGUCAUGAGACCACAUGCAUUUGUUUUUGCAGCCAUAUUGGUUGGAAAGUUUCUGCAGAAAAAUCCAGAGACGCUAGCCUAGGUUUUGGUUGUUAUUGUAUGCUUUGUUUUCUUUCUUUUACUAUUUCUACAUAAUGGAGAGCACAAGUGAAUGCUGUAAUGAAUUUUCCUUGUCUGACAACACCAAACAUUGGGAUCAGCUGUCAAAGGCCCGUUAUGUGGACAUACAGACUACUGACAGAGAAGUUUUCUUCUGUUAUGAGUGCUGCCAAUAAUCUAAACAUCCGGACAUAUACGACUAUAUUAUACAUAAUCCUUCCCCAUACAGCGGUAUGGAAUUAAAAGCCUACAAAUUAUUCACCGUUCAAGUUUAUGGUCACCUUUAUACAAGAAGCUGGAUCUUUUGUUCUCACUGUCACUAUAGAUUAUUUUUACACACUUAUGUGUUCCACUGUCUUGAUUCCAGGUUGAAGAUAGAUCCGCAUAUAAUAGUUACAAUUUUCAUUGUCACAAACCCCAAACUUGCUGUAAUAAUGACAACACUUAAUUACAUAUAGAUUUGUAUGCUAAAUCC